AUGAACUUGGCCUGUUCUAUUGGUUUCUCCACAAAGCCAAGCCUUGUCUACUUCCAUUCUCUUCUAAAUUCUCACAUCCAAACCAAAACCCCAAAACAAGCACUACUUCUUUUUCGCAACUUGUUUGAGAACAACCUCAAACCCAAUGAUCUCACUUUCUCUUUGCUUCUAAAAGCUUGCACGUCUUCUUCCUCAUAUCUAGCUUCAGGCAAUGCCAAACUAGAAGUAAAUCAGAUUCAUACCCACCUGUUAAAAUCGGGUUUCGACCGGUUUGUCUAUGUGGGUACAGCUCUUCUUGAUCUUUACAUGAAAUUGGGGCAAGUGAGAAAUGCUCAGAAGAUGUUCGAUGGUAUGCCUGAAAGAGAUGAUGUCUCAUGGAAUGCAGUGAUUUGUGGGGUUUCGAGGAACGGUCAUCAUUCUGCGGCGUUGGAACUCUUUGUUCAGAUGUGUAGAGAGGGAUUUAGUCCGGGCCAUACGACUUUGGUUAGUUUGGUACCGUCUUGUGGUAGGCAUGAGUUUGCUUUUCAGGGGAAAUCUGUUCAUGGGUUUGGAAUUAAGGGUGGCCUUGAUUCGGAUUCGCAAGUGCAGAAUGCUCUUACCUCGAUGUAUGGCAAAUGUGGAGAUCUGGAAGCGGCAGAAGUCUUGUUUGAAGAGAUUGUUUACAAGGGUGUGGAUUCUUGGAAUACUAUGAUCGGUGCUUAUGGCCAAAAUGGUUGCUUUGAUGAGGCAAUGCUUGUGUUUAGACGAAUGCGAGAGGAAAGUGUGCAAGCCAAUGUGGUGACCAUGGUAAGCCUUCUGUCAGCAAAUGCUGAUCCAGGGUCUACUCAUUGUCAUGCCAUUAAGACUGGUCUUGUAAAUAAUGCUUCUGUGAUUACUUCGCUGAUUUGUGAAUAUGCAACACGCGGCUAUACAGAAACCGGAGAAUUGCUUUACAAGUCAUUGCCUCACAAGACUCUGGUUUCCCUAACUGCACUUAUUUCAAGUCAUGCUGAAAAAGGUGAUAUGAGCCAGGUGAUGGAGUGUUUUGCUGACUUGCAGCAGCUAGAGAUGAAACUAGAUGCAGUGGCUAUGGUUAGCAUCCUCCAUGGGAUAAAGCACCCUGCUGAAUUUGGCCUUGGACUUGCUUUCCAUGGUUAUGGAUUGAAGACGGGGUUGGCCGCUGAUUCAUUGGUUGUGAAUGGGUUGAUAAGCAUGUACUCGAGGUUUGACAAGAUAGAGGAUGCGUUUUCCUUAUUCUCUGAGAUGGGUGAAAAACCAUUGAUUACUUGGAAUUCUUUGAUAUCAGGCUGCGUUCAAGCUGGAAGGUCAAGUGAUGCCCUGGAGUUGUUUUCUCAAAUGCAAAUGUCUGGACAUAGUCCAGAUUCUGUUACUAUCUCUAGCUUACUAUCUGGGUGUUGCCAACUUGAGUACUUGAAAUUUGGGGAGGGACUUCAUACUUACGUACUAAGAAACAACUUGGAAGGAGAAGAUUUUGUCGGAACUGCUCUUAUAGACAUGUACACCAAGUGCGGAAGAAUAGAGCAUGCUGAAAUGGUGUUCAACAGUAUAAAAGAGCCAUGCUUGGCAACAUGGAACUCAAUGAUCUCAGCUUAUAGCUUAUACGGCUUAGAACAUAAAGCUCUUGUUUGCUUCUCCAAAAUGCAAGAACGAGGGCUGAAGCCUGAUAAAAUCACAUUUUUAGCAGUACUAGCCGCUUGUACACAUGGAGGUCUUGUUCAAGAAGGAAAAACAUAUUUCAUCAUGAUGAAGGAAAAGUUCAACAUAAUGCCAGGCCUGCAACACUGUGCUUGCAUGAUCAAUCUCUUUGGCCGGGCCGGUUUGUUGGACCAGGCAUUUUUCUUCAUCCGGUCCAUGGAAACAAACCCUGAUUUUGCCGUUUGGGGAGCUCUGCUGAAUGCUUGUUGCAUCCAUCAUGAGGUGAAGCUAGGGGAAUACAUUGCAAAAAAGCUGUUCUUCUUGGACAGUAAAAACAGCGGCUUCCUCGUGCUGAUGUCGAAUCUGUAUGCAGCUAAAGGAAGGUGGGAAGAUGUAGCAAGAGUGAGGAAGAUGAUGAGAGUCACUGGAGGUGAUGGCUGUUCAGGAAUCAGUGUUAUUGAGAUGACUUCACUGCAAGCAACUUGAGCAACAAGAUGGGCUUUUAAUGGGCCUACAGAAGGAUCCGGCCCAUAUAGGAAUUUGACGAGUCGGAUCUUGUACCUAAUCUGUAGGUCACUCUCAUAAACCCUAAAAGUAGCCCAAAAAACCGCAAAAGCGCUCCCAUUUCAAAAUUCAAACUUUGGUGUUCCCCAAUAGUCAUCUCUCUCAGAUCUUCAAACCCUAAUUUCUCUUCAUCUUCGAAAAUGGGUGGGGCUCACAGCCGCGAAGACCUCGA